CCACCACAACGCGUAUAGUGUUUUUUUUCCUGUGCAAUCUACUAGAGAAUUUAUGGACUCCUCCCCCGGACUGAAACUCCCUUUGUGAUUCUAAAUCUAGCUGCGCUGAAUAAACCAAAAUCACUGAGUAACCUCUGAGCUCCCUGUUAUAAGACAAGGUAACCUGCAAGUUCGACUUACAAAGCAGACUCAAGUUCUCAGAAUAGAAGAUUAAAGAUGGCUACUAUCAGUAAAAAAGCAGCUGCAGCGGCCGCACUGCCGGAAUGCCCGGUGUGCAUGGAGGCGAUGUGUGCCCCCAUCUUCCAGUGCAAGGUGGGGCACAGCCUGUGCCACACGUGCACCAGCAACCUGCGCCCGCCGGUGUGCCCCAUCUGUCGCGAAGACAUGACCCAGAUGAGGAACUGGCAGCUUGAGGAGAUACUCAAUAAGGCUCAAGUGCCGUGUCCUAACAAGUCGCGUGGCUGUAUCUACGUAACGAAGACCAUGGAUGUGGAAGAUCAUCUCAAGGAGUGCAUCUUCAGAUCAAUGGACUGCCCGCUAGGGGUCGUCUUCGGAAAGUGCUCAUGGAAUGGUCAACUCAAGGAAAUGAUGGACCACUUCAGCCAACGCCACCCGGAAAACUGCAACGUCACGUCCGACGCUGAAGUGGUGCUGAAGAACAUCAACAUUAAGGAGGACGACCGCUUCGUGUACCUGUUGGCGCAGGGCAAGCUCGUCUUCAUCAUGACUGUGAAGUUAGACACCUUGCAGAACAUGGCCUAUUGGACCGUUCAACACAUCGGCUCGAAGAAAGCCGCCCAGCAACAUGUGUACGAGAUCCAUCUCACCAGCCAGCUGGACGCCCGGCGCAAGGUGGUCUUCACCGACCACUGCUUCAAUGACUCAAUCAAGGCAGAUGAAGUCUUCCGUAUGGGAAAAUGCGCUAUUCUUCCCCUCGAAACUUUUGCCCACUUCGUUAAAGACAAAAAAAUCGGAUUCCGCUUUUUCAUCAAAAAGAUGCCGUUCGCUCCUAAAAGCAACAAAGAGAAUAAUCCGGAUGAAAACAAGUCGAAUGAAGGCAAUCAAAACAAGCCAAACAGUAAAGGCCCAGGACCCAACGCGGGGCCCAAGCCAAAAGGUCCUGGACCCAAUCCAAAGGGAUCAGGACCCAAACCAAAGGGAACUGAACCAAAUCAAAAGGGACCCAACCCAAAAGGGACCCAACCCAAAAGGGACUAAGGCGGCUAAAGCAUAGAUUUGGGUAAGCCUUUAUUCUGGAUACAGGGAUGAUUACCUGAGAUUCAGUUCCAUUGCCUAUAUUUUUUCCCAAUAAUUAUCUAAUAUUCUUAUUUGUAGGACUGUUAUUAAGAUUUAACUGAUGAUCCAAUAUUUAUGAUUAUCUGAUGUAACAUUGAUACAGUUGAUUUCAUAGCAUUUAUUUUAUGAAGAAUGGUAAAUGCGUCAGUCUCAGGACAUAAUCUUUGGGUGAUAACCUAUAAUGCUGUUAUAAAAUGGGGAAGAAGAGUGAAGUUUGAUGCUCGAGACUUAUUGUAGAUAAAACGACUGAAAUGCAGAUCUGAUUGAUUGGUUCAGUGGCCAUUGGACUACAUAUUAUGGACCACAAAAGUCUAAUCCUGCACCGUCGAUUAUCUGCAAAAGUUUCAGAAAGAUACUUAUUGUAUUUUGUAAAGGUAUGUACCUAACUACUACGCUCAAAACAACACGCAGUUUUGGUAGUCAAUGUGUUGUGAAUCGAGCAUGAUGGAUAUAUCCAUAUCUGAGUCUAGUAUAUAGGGUCACGAAUCGAGUCUGAGCCUACUGCAGCAUUGAAUAUGCCCACGGGCGCAAUGCGGAUUUGUGGACCCCAACACAAGCAAGCUUGUGCCGAGAGAGUGGUCGGGUAAGUGGUCAACCCGAAUGACUUAACAUGUUUACAAGCUUCCCGAAGGCCUCUGACUAGGUUUCACGACUGCUGCCGAAACCGGAACCCAUUCCGAAGCAUGGAAGUGUCAAGAAAACAACCACUUGAAAUCAGUCACCCAUUCAAUGAGUAACUGUGCCAUGAGUUGUUUCUGAUUUAUCAGUUACAAUCACUGAAACUAGCUCGACUACGGACUACUUAUUUGUUGGUUUAUCCAAACACAAAUAUUAAUAUUAUUUUGUUCUUGUGUCGUCGGUGCUCAAUGCGUAAGAUGAUUAUGAAAAUAUGUUCUUGAUGAUCCUACUUUCAUAGAAACAAAAACACACAGCCAUUGUGUUUAUGUACUACGUAAUGUAUUAUCGGCAGGGUUGGGCGAAAACAUGUUACGGAUUAGGUUUAAUUACGUAGGUAAGUCGCAGGUGCAGUUUGUCCCGUUUCACAAUCUGUGAACGUUAAGUUAAGCUGAACUAAAGUACCUAUGUGUCAUGCAUAGCGAUGGGCAAUCUCCCGGGUUUAAACCCACUUUUGGGUUUUAAGAUUUAAAGGUAGAUUACAGGUUAAACCCUCUGCCCAUCUCGAGUCAUGCAGUUUUAUGACUGUAACUGGGUAUAUUGUCAUUGAUUAAAAACAAAAGUUUAUUCUCAGUUAGAUUAGCUGAAGUGAAAAACUGGGCCUUUGUUAUUUACCUAAGUGAUUUUAUAGUUAACUUAAAGUAACUUAACACUAAGAAAAAAAAAUUGAGGCUGGGGUAAUAGAAAAUCAACAUGUUUUAAUGCCUACAAAGUAAAGUAACUGUUGGAUUAACAGUAAUAGUCUUGAAUGUCAUGCAAAAAUAAAGUUGUUCUAAUUUGUAUUUUGUAAGGUAAGGGGUGUGUGUACCUAUGCCUUUUUCUUAUAGUUAAACCUACUAUUUAAGUGUUAGGUACUUACCACAUUACUAGUUAGUAAAGCAUGUAUCUAAUUGGUAAUUUUCAUUAAACAUUUCGCAAAAAACA